AUGGCGCUCCCGUUCGCUAGGCCUUCUACACUUGCACCGGGGUUCACAUUCUCGCGAUGCACGCCCGAAGACAUACCGCAGAUGGUCUCAGUCUAUGUAGCCGCAUUUACGCAAACCAACUUCGUGUAUUGGUGGGCAUCUGACCUCAAUGUUAUGACAAAGUGGACCGAGGCGCGAUUUCGUUUGCGUUUCCGUGAUCCAAGAGACCAGCAGUUUAAGAUAGUGGAUGAUCAGACAGGUCAAAUUGUGGCGUGGGCACGAUGGACAGUGCCGGAGAACUUGAAGGGCCUCGAUCCGGGUUUUAGGCUGUAUGAAGACUUAGAGGAAGGCGAGUUUAAUGGUCCGGAAACCCAGUAUAUGCAAAACCCUCCACCAGGUAGUAAAGAAGAGCUCUACCACGAAUUCUUCGGCGGUAUCAAAGGAAUGGCUAAUAAAUGGGAUUCUGAGAAGAAGCUAGCUCUACAACUUCUUUGCACACAUCCUGCCUACCACAGACGCGGGCUUGGUGCAGCAUUGAUGAAAGACGUGUUGCAGAUAGCCGACGCCGAAGGCUUCACGACAUAUAUUGAGGCACUGGAAAAUGCCGUGCCCGUUUAUCAACGCUACGGGUUCAAGACUGUGGACCAGUUGCAAUUCGACCGGACGAAGGCGGGCCUAAAUGAUACCGCAGUUGUCGAUAUUAUGUUACGAGAGCCCAUAGCCGUAUGA